AUGUGAAGCAGAGAGAGAACAGAGGAAGAAGCAACAAAACACUCGAACUUGUGCUUUGGCUGCUACUAGUGUACAAAACACACACAAACAGGGCUUUUCUGUUCCAUCAAAUGGAGAAUGCUGUCGUUAAAACAUCGAACCUUUCAGACAUCAUCUCCAAGUUCGCUAAAGUCUGCAAAUUCAGAUCCGUUGGUGUGUUCCCUGACCAAAAACCGAAUCCGAACACUCCUUCUGAUGAAGUAGUAGAAGAAGUCUUCGAAGAUAUCACUUGCAACCCCUCGAGAAAGAAGAUUCCAAGUUUCCGUUGGAACGAUGCUGAGGUUUCGAAGCUGUUCGACGCAGUUUCAGCUCUUAAGCUCGCGUAUCUCGAGUUCCAACGAGCUCACUUGCCUUACGAUCCAGACAAGAUCAUAGAAGCGGACAACCUCGUCGUGUCUCACCUCGAGACCCUACGAAGAUUCAAACGCCUCUACCUCAAAACGAAGCAGCUCCAAGCCAAGACCGAGCUUGACGCUGCUUCUUGUUUGAACCGGUUGAGAGACGAAGUGGAAGUGAACGAGAAGCAUUUGUGGGAACUCAAGACGCAGACGAAAGCAAAGGAGAGUGAGGUUCUCUCUCUGAAGGAGACACUAAACUGUUUGGUCGCAGAGAAUAACAAACUCGAGAGCGUCUCCUCCUUUGAGUUCGUGUUUAGAGCUGCUUCUAAGUCGAUACACGACUUUGCAAAGCCGUUGAUCACUCUCAUGAAAGCUACGGAUUGGAAUCUUGAGAAAGCAGUUGAAUCCAUCGUUCCUAAUGUAACGUACGCUAAGAACUCAGAUAAGAAGUUUGCUUUUGAGUCAUACAUCGUUCGGAGAAUGUUCCACGGCAUGAAGCUUAAUCCUUACGAUGUGACUGAGCUAAUGACUUUAGACGAUCCGUUGGACGCGUUAGCAGCGUUUCCAGAUUCGGCGUUUGCAAGAUUCUGCGGUCAGAAGUACCUCUUAGUUGUUCAUCCGUCGAUGGAAGCAUCCUUCUUUGGGAAUUUGGAUAUGAGGGGACUAGUUCUGCUCGGUAAGCAUCCGAGAACGGUGUUUUAUCGAAUCUUUGCGAAAAUGGCCAAGUGGGUAUGGGUUCUUGGAUCGUUUGCAGCUUCUUUGGAUUUAAAAGCAAAGAUCUUUGUGGUCAGAAGAGGAACCAGAUUCUCAGGUGCCUACAUGGAGUCUGUAGUGGGUGAUGAUGGAAGAGAAGAAGAAGGACAAGAGGAUUUGAGAGUUGAGUUUAUCACAAUGCCGGGGUUUAAGGUUGGAGAUUCAGUGUUUAAAUCUCAUGUUUAUCUUUCUCAAGGAGAAGGGUGAAAAUAACAGCUAUGCAGAUUCAAUUGUUUAAGAUGUGUCAGGUAAAAAUCUAUGCAUUGGUUUGCAAGUUUUGUAGGUAAGGAUAUCAUUUGCUUUUGUAACUAUGUUUCACAUUCAAGAUUCAGUUUGUUGAUUCUAGAAGUGGCUUAAAUCUCGGUGUACCACUAAAAGUCUAGAUUUGUU